AUGCCUGGGUCAUUGGCAGAACUGCGCUGCAUUGGACAUGCCUGGGUCAUUGGCAGAACUGCAGGAACAUUGUUCAAGGUUCCUUUUGUUAAUAACCUCCUGCAGGAACUGUGCAAGACAAUUCAUCACCAGAUUGAUAAAGUGGAUGAGGAGAGAUAUGACCUGGCAGGCAAAGGGGGCAAGUGUGACAAAGAGAUUGAGGAUUUGAGGAUUAAAGUGAUUGAGUUCCAAGGCUUGUCUGCUGACUCCAUGCUCCAGGCACUGCUGGGCUCCAAGCACAAGGUGUCUAUGGAUUUCAGAGCCAACCUGAAAGAAGUGAAGAAGGAAGUCAAAGAGGAGGACAAAGAUGCAGUUGGUGACUGGCGUAAGAACAUUGAUGACAAGGCAGGCAUGGACGGCAGAAAGAAGAUGUUUGAGGCCGUAUAAUAGCUGUGGCACGACUCAGUCCCAUUUCACCUGCCUUUCUCUAUGUCCUAAUAAUAAGUCAGUUGUUGUCAGCCAUGGCUGUAUUUUGU